ACAACUCCCAGCAGUAAUAAGAGCGCCCACUCUGAUUUGUUUUUAGCUUAGCUGGGAGACACGAGUUAAACUGUAACCGAGGGAAACAUAAGUUCAAGCUUCUUUUGCUUUUCUUUAAACAUUCUCUCAAACGUCCUGCGCCUCCCCGUCUGUCUGGAGCUGACUUGCCACCAUGCCGGUGCACCGUGACCGGGAGAAGAAGGAGAGCACAGCAGAGGAGAUGGAGGUGGAGGAGCAGGAGCAAGAGGCGUCCAGCUCAGAGGAGGAGGAUUCUGAUACCUCCUCCGUCUCCGACGAUGGAGACAGCUCUGAAAUGGAUGAGGAGGACUGUGAGCGGAGGAGGAUCGAGUGUCUGGAUGAAAUGUGCAACCUGGAGAAACAGUUCACGGAUCUCAAAGACCAGCUGUAUCACGAGCGUCUCAGUCAGGUGAACAGCAAGCUGACAGAGGUGGAGGCUGGCAGGGCAGCAGAGUACCUGGAGCCUCUGGCUGUGCUGCUGGAGAACAUGCAGGUCCGCACCAAGGUGGCAGGUAUCUACAGAGAGUUGUGUCUGGAGUCUGUGAAGAACAAGUAUGAGUGUGAGAUCCAGGCAGCAUGCCAGCACUGGGAGAGUGAGAAGCUGCUGCUGUUUGACACGGUACAGAGUGAACUGGAGGAGAAAAUCAGAAGACUGGAAGAAGACAGACACAGCAUAGAUAUUACAUCAGAGCUGUGGAAUGACGAGUUAUCAGGAAGGAAGAAGAGGAGAGACGCUUUGAGUCCAGAUAAGAAGAGGAGACGGCCUUCGGUGGUGUCUGGUCCAUAUAUUGUUUACAUGCUGCCUGACCUGGAUAUCCUGGAGGACUGGACGGCUAUCAGAAAGGCUGUGGCCACACUGGGUCCUCACAGAGGGAAGGCCGACUCGGACAGCCCCGUGUUCCCAUUCAGACAAGACAGAAGCAGGCCAAUUCUCAACUGCUGAGGAAAACACACACACAGUCACAUAUUACGAAGCACACUCAAAACACACACACAAGGACCGCAAACACAUAUAUUGACACCAAACACAUAUAUUGACACGCAUGGUAGCAUUCACUUCCGCAUGCACGAACAUUUAUCUCUGAAUCUUCCCACUAUCCACUACACUCCUCUGCUAACGGCGACACCAGUCGGUAAGCUGCCUCUCGUGCCAGCAGGCACACACUAUAAGGACUCGCGGGUUUGAAUCCCUUUAAACGACAACAGGAAUAGAAGCAUAAUUUCCUCUGACAGCAGUUAGUUACCAGGACUUUCUAUGGAGGAAAAAUGAUACCCAGACUGAUGUCUGCUGAAACCACUGAAACUCAUUCCAGUAUUCAUUACAUUUCAUUUUCUUGUUAGAAGUUAAUUUUUUGGAAAUUACUGCAUGCCCCAGAUUUGUGUUGUGUAAAAACACAGAUGUAUCACUGGACACUAGGGCUGGGCGAUAUGGAGAAAAUCAUGGUAUUUUUGACCAAAUACCUCAAUAUUGAUAUUGAGACGAAAUUGUAGGGGUUAACUAUUUUCACAAAAUAUUUACAAAAUUAGAUUUUUGAUUACUAAUCAUCAGUAAUGUGGAUAUAAUGACUAAGCUAGAACAGUCUGGUAAGGCUAAACUAAAGUAAAGCAGCCUUUAAAACAAGGAAAAGACCACACUUAUGCAAUAUUACGAUAUUCCGGUAUCCAAAAUCAAGACAAUAUCUAGUCUCAUAUCGCAUCGGCCACCGUAGCUCUUCAACACGGGAGAGGCUUCAGUUGGUUGCAAUCUCCUCUCCUCAGCGCUAGAUACUGCCAGAUCCUACACACUGGACCUUUAAAUCCUGUUUACAUGUGUACUACAGGUGCCACAUUUUAGAUUGAAACGUUUGAAAUUGUCGCCUCCUAGAAUUUAGUAUUUGGUGAGAGUGCCAUUGUCGUUACACAUUAAGGUAGUCCGACAGUGUGGUCUAACUGGAUUUAUUUGAUGUAUUCACAAAGCUAAAAUGAGCGUGAAUGUGACCAACAUCAAGCAUUGCGUUUGGCUUUGCUUUUGGCAUUGUCGGCAGGACUUCCAGCUGAACUUUACAUUUUUGUACAACAUAGUUAACAACACGCCAAGUACACUUGCCUAGAUUUUAUAUUACACGUUUUACAACUAGCAAACUCCGUUAUCUGACAUGGAUACCAUUUAACAAAGUCACAUGGAGAGUUUUUAGCAAUUGUUAGCAGCGCUGCAUUCACCAACAGUUCAAGAGCCUUUGCAAACAUUUACGUUUGAGUUUUAUGUGGCGAUACUGGAGCUUUUAGAAGGCUUUCUUUCAUGGAGUAUUGAAACCAGGAAGUUACAUGCUCUGUGACAAGGUCAAGGAGAACAAAAUGAUUGAGUGUAAUUGUAAGCAUUGAGAUUUUUAAUCUUAAUCCUAGAGGGUUAUUGACAAAGCUUCCAAUGAUAUAUGGGGAAAUACUGGUUUAUAUACAGUAUGAACCUGGUCGAUUGUGCCAUGAAAUAUUUUAAAUUUUUGUACUUUUUUUACGUUGAUCGGUUUAAAUUGUCUUGUAUGAGGCUAAUAAUUACUUUUUGUUAUGGUGUUUUUUAAUAGUUAGAUGGUGAUCAUAUGACAGUUUUGUUGUUUCAGAGAGCAUCCACAGUGCCUACUUUACUUUUGAAGUAAUUUCAUGGUCACGUUGUGUCAUUUUAGUGGUGCAUCUUGCAUUUUUAAGAGUUACAGUUUGGUUGCAGUGAUUGUGGUUGAGACAAACUGAGUGAUAGCAGUGAUUAAAAUGCAAGAUUAGGCAAAAGUUAUUUCAAGAUCGUGUGUGCAUAUAAGACGGACCUGGUCAUCACAUUCAGAAAGGAAUAAUACUUAGAUUUUUCUGAAAUAAUACUUCUUAGAUUUAGCAAUCUAAAUAUAAUCUAUCAUCCAAAUUCAAGGAGGUGGACACUGACAUUUUAGGCUUUAACUCACUCUUUUCAAACCACCAGUGGAGCGUAGCAAAAAUGGGGAUUUUUCAGUAGAUCCUCUUCUAGACCAUUUACAGUGUUUAAGGGAUACCUGGGCAUUUUGAAUCUUUUUUUCCUCACCAAACACUUUUAUAAAACCCUAUAUGUUUGUUAACGUAGCUGGUUAUUUUCACGUGGAUCAUCACCUAAAGUCUUAAAUUACCACUACAUCACGGCAAUUGCAAACCAGCGUCAAUAACGCAAUGAGUCAUGGUAACCACCAUAUAACACAUUUAUUUUAUAAUAACUGAGUAACAGCAUAUGAAAAGUUAAAAUACCAAGGUAUCCCUUUAAAGCAGGUAUCACUGUUACAUUCUCUUUUUACGCAUCUACCUCUUCUGUCUGUCGCUCGCUCUUUAAAGAACAAUCCACGUUUGCGUUAUUACUCCUGAACAUGAAAAUGCUUCCAUCUUUACGACCAUCCCGACAACAGUUGAUUCAGUCUAUUACUGGUUUAUAUGCAGAUUUUUUUUUUUUUUUAAAGUCUACUGUGAUGAUGUAAUUGUACAGACAGGGAAGGAACCAAACCGCGUCCUUCUAAUCAAAACCCCACCAUUGAAUCUUCUUCUGUUUAUAAAGGAUGAUGAACAAACUGCCAUUUAAUAGUAUUGAUUUUUAUAAACAGAGGUUAUUGAAGAUAAAGGUGGUGGGGAUGUUAGAGAUUCAAAUCAAUAUUUUUUUGACAGUUAAUGUUAAAUACUGUGUCAGGUACAGUUGUGUCUUUCUUGUUGAUGAUGUGGGCUGGUUUUAAAAUUAAAAGUUGUUUUAUAAGUA